AUCAUUCAUAAUCCUUUUGUUUUAUAUUUUAUUCUCCAUUUACAAGAAAAACCUCUCCUUUUUCUUUGUGGGUUUGAAAGACGUCGGGAAUCCAAGGGGGGGAAGAGGAGAGAGAGAGAGAGAGAAUGGGGGAAUGCAGGCCACUGGGUUUCUUGCUGGGGCUACCCUUCGCCCUGAUCGCUCUCGCCCUGUCUCUCGUCGGUGCUGUCAUCUGGAUCUUGGGGAGCAUAGUGAGUUGCGUGUGCCCAUGCUGCAUCUGCUGCGCUUCGCUGGCGAAUUUCGCCAUGGAUCUGAUCAAGCUCCCUGUUAAAGUCAUCCGUUGGUUCAUCCAUUCCAUUCCUUGUUAGUCCUCAACUGUUGUUUUCAUAAACCAUCUUGCUUCAUUGAUUCGUAUUCCAAGCAUUCCGUUCGCUUCUGAGUUCCGACCAAACCAAAGAGAGAGAUCUAGCAAUGUGUACGCGUGUUGGGAGAGAGAGAGAGAGAGAGAUGGGCCUACUCUUUCGGCCCAACUAGCACAGUUGGAUUUGCAUAUAAUGGGCCCAUCAUUCCCUAAAAGGGCUGUGAUUGAAAAAUUAACGUGGUGUCCGAACCUGAUAUUUUCGCUAUGAUUUUUGUUUAAUUUUCGAAGCUAAUUAUUUUCUAAAGUUUGAGAUGUAAAGCAGAAUACGAAUCAUAUUAUAUCUCUGUUUCUAUACAUGGUAUUUA